UACUCUCAAUUUUUUUUUUUUUUUUGCCAUAGUACGCCGUAGGUCUAGUUUCCAGUUUCUUUUGGGUUCUGUUGAAGAAAUUUAUUCUCAGUAGUAAGAAGAGGAUUUGGGUCACGUUGUUUCAAAAAUGCUUGCUAUAUUUAGCCAAGUUUAAGAAAGAAUAAAAGCUGAUUUGGAUGCAGCAAAGUUGGCUUUUUCAUUUUCCUGUGUAAGAAAUUUAUGUUGGCAACAAUAUUUACACCAAUUAUAAAUGAAAAGUCUCCAUCUGCAUCUAUGGGACAGAUUUGUAUCAGUUUUUAAUUGCAGUGGAGGGCCACACAAAAUCAGUCCAAGGGCCACAAAUGGCCCCUGGGCCCCACUUUGGACACCCCUGCUUUAAUUGCUCAAACUCUCAUGGCCAGCUAAGCAAGGUUGGUGUCAUCAACUUAACUCACUCGCUCUUCGGUUACCUAGUAACAACCUGCAGCAGCAGCUUAAGGUUUCGCCAUCUCAGAACUGUUACAAUUAAGAGCAGGAGCGAAAACUGUGGGCAAAAUACAAAAAGUGACGCCACACUUGUAUUUCAGAUAUUUAACCAAACCGACAAAAAAAAAAAAAAAAUCAAAAAUUACUAAUAUAUCGUGAUAUGUUUCCAGCCACAUCGUCCAGCCCUAGUGUACCGCCUAACUUUGUCCUCUCUCACUGGAUCCCUAUGUGUCAUCCUGCUGAUACUUGCGCGGCACCGCAACCUGUCAGAUUACCGACAUUUCUAAUAAAACAAAACAGCCUGAUACAUAAUCACAAUGAGCAUUCCGAGGAAACAUUUGACACUACGAACCGCUUUCCCAGCUCAGCUCCGCUCCUCACAGGCUGCUGACAGAUAUCUGAGCUGACAGACACCUCAGCACCGUCCUGGUGCUGAGGUUCGAGAUUCCACAGGUGUUAUCUCAUGCGCUGGGGGCGGUUCUGCUGGACCCAGAAGCAUCGCUGACAAUGAAGGCGGUAUAAAAACCCGACUCCUGGCCGACAGGACGGAGAACGAAGGAUUUCUACACAGUUAAACCCCGGCUGAGUUUAGUUCCCACAAUGAGUCGCAGCCCGGAGAGAAUGUCGUCUUACCGCCGUCACUUUGAGGACAGCAGCAGCAGCAGCAGCAGCUUGACCUACCAGGUCAGGGUGUCCAGCCCGUCCCCGACCCGGAGGGAGGUCCGCCAUGCCUCCGCCGGCUACUCGGCCAGAGCCGGGUCCCGCAGCAUCCGAGUGGACUCGGUGGGACGAAGGAACGUGUCUGCGGCACGGAGGUCACGCGUUGCUGGCGUUGGAGUAAGCGCAGGAGCCAUGGUGUGUGUUGGGCCAAGUGGAGAAGCUCCCAUGGAUCUGGACGCUGCCGCAGCUGAGAGCCAGGAGUUCCUGAGCACCCGCACGAACGAAAGACAGGAGAUGAUCGUCCUGAAUGACAGACUGGCUGUUUACAUCGACAAGGUUCGAAUGCUUGAGCAGAAGAACAAGUUGCUGGAAGCAGAGAUCGAGGCCUACCAGAACAGGUUCCAGAAGCCUACGGGCCUGCGCUUGCUCUACGAGGAGCAGCUGAAGGAGCUGAAGAAGAUUGCUGAUCAGAUGAGAGUCCAGCGGGACAUCUCUUUUGCUGCUAAGGAGGCUGCAGCUGGUCAACUAGAGGCAAUCAAAAUCCGAUAUGAGGAGGCCUUGGAGCUGAGAAAGAAGGCCGAGUUAGAGAUCGAAGCCUUCCGUCCAGAUGUAGACAAAGCCACUUCCUCCCGCAUUGCCUUGGAGAAAAAGCUGGAGCAGCUGGAGGUUGAAAUCGAGUUCUUGAAACGGAUCCAUCAGCAGGAAAUCGAAGAGCUCAUGAAGCAGAUCUACGCCGCCCACGUCUCGGCCGAGAGCGCCUUCUCUCUGCCCGACCUGGCUGGCGCUUUGAAGCAAAUCCAAACCCAAUACGACGACAUCGCAGCCAAAAACCUUCAGGAAAUGGAUUCAUGGUACAAGAACAAGUUUGAAGAUUUAACAAAAAAGACGUCGAGACACGUAGACAAAGUUCGAAGUGUCAGGGAAGAAAUAGCUGGGGCCAAGAAGGAUAUCCAAAACAAAGAACGUGGCUUGGACUCCCUGAGGACCAAAAACGAAGCCCUUGAAGCACGGCUUCGAGAGACACUGGAAAAGCACAAGAAGGAACUGGAAGAGCUGCAGGCUCGGAUUGAGGCCCUGCAGCUUGAGCUAAAAUCCACCAAGACGAAAAUUGCCCUGCACCUGCGUGAGUACCAAGAACUUUUAAACAUCAAGAUGGCUUUGGAGAUUGAGAUCACCACGUACAGAAAAUUAAUUGAGGGGGAAGACCUGCGGCUCUCUGGCAUGAUGAAUUCUCUCUCCGUUACCAGUUGUAGCAUGAGCGCCAUUGGUGCUGGGGUGAGCAUUAGCGGAGGAAGCAUUGAUGGUGUUGGUGGUUUGGGUGGUGGACCAAUAAUAGGAGGCGGCAGAGGAGGAGUUGGAGGCAUGGUGGGUGGUUUGGGAUUGAGUGCGGAUAUGGUUGCCGGAGUCACAGGAUCACUUUCUGGCGAUGGAAAAGUUCUGGAUGGCAGGAGUACCGGUGAUAUGAAAAGUCCCGCUGGCAGAGCAAAUAUUGAACAGGGAGGUGUAGGUGUCAGAGCAGGUGAUGAGAGUCUUGGCACCGAUGGAAGAAUGAGUGCUUCUGGUGCUAGUGGUUUUGGCUCUGGUAGCUUUGGUCCUGGUACUGGUAAGGUGGGUACAGUUGGCUCUAGUGCUGGUGUUUUAGGCGCUGGUCCAGAGGGUCCAGGUUUUGGCACUCCAGGCUUGGGUACUGAUGUUGGUGGUGAGGGAUCUAUCCAUAGAGGACUGGGGGACAGAAGUGGAAUCAGAACACAUGCAGAUGGUGACAUCUCAGGGGUAGUAGGUGGUGUGGGUGCCGCUGGAGUUGGAUUCAAAAGAGGAUACGGCGGUGAGACGGAAGGCAGAAGUACUGAUUUGGAUAGUGGUGUUGGUGGGGUAGGAUUUGGCUGUGGGGGAAUAGGUGACAGCAGUGGAGUUGAAACACAUGCAGAUGGAAACAUCUUGAGCUCAGCAGGUGGUGUACGUGCAGCUGGAGCUGAUAUUAAGGGUGUUGGGUUGGACACUGGUGUUGGUGGUGUGGGACUUAUUUCCAGAGAAAUGGGUGGCAGCGGUGGGGUUGGCGCACAAUUGGAUGGUAACAUCUCAGGUGGCGUGAGUGCAGCUGGAAUGGGACUUGGAAGAGGUGGUGCAACUGAGGGCAAGGGCACUAGGGUUGAUGGUGGAAUGGGUGACGAUGGAGGUACAGCCCGUGGAGCGACGCUUUCUGAAACCCGAAGAGGAAUCUCAGGUGCUGCCAGACCUGCAGGGAGGGGCGGGGACGAUGUGGGUGUUGCUCUGUCAGGCGGUGGCGGAGUUGGUGGAGUUGGUAGGAUUGGUGGAGGGAAGGGUGACAUAUGUGGUGUCAAGAUUGGAUCUGGAUCGGAUGGUUUUGACGGCAACACCGAGUCCUAUGUGGAGCAGGCUGUGGAGCUGACAGAGAGAAGAACAGUGCUUAUUAGAACAGUUAAAAAGGAGGAUGAUGUGCUGGAGAUGGAUCACCAAGAACAGACCUACACCAUCACUGGCGCUGCCUCUGACUCCGAUGUCGAGUGAGGAUCACAAACUCCCCGGUGACCUCCUCUCGCCCUUAAACCUCCAUACCCUUUGAGCUUUGCACUGACCAAAAGAAAUCCCAUGUUUGGGUGCUGACCUUUGCCCUGUGGCCUGGACAAGAGAACCACGAAUGACCCCUUGCUACACACUGAAGAUAUAUUUAAAUAAACAGGCCAUGGCUUCUCAACUUUUAUGUGCCUUACACUCCCUCCUUUUUUCCCACCUGCCAUAAAUAAAGUUACCAGCAUUCAA